CACAAGCAUCCAUCACCAUGGCACGAAGCACGACCUCUUCCGAGUGCGGGAGCAGCAGCAGCGGCGACAACCACAGCGACGUCGGUGACAUGAUGGACCACACGUCUGCAUCCUCUGCGUCGUCGUCGCCCACGAACGUCGAGUACCGCAAAGCGUACUACGCCAAGAACAAGGACAAAGAGAUCGCGCGGAUGAAGAUGUACUACGAGACGAACAAGGAAAAGUUCAGCGCGUACGGCAAAGACUACUACGAGCGCAACCGCGAAAAGGAACUCGGCCGGUUCAAGGCGUACCGCGCCAAGAACCUCGAACGCGACCUCGAACGCAAAAAGCAAUGGUACACCCGCAACCGAGAAAAGAUCCUCGCCUAUGCUAAGGCGUACGACUUGAAGAAUCGGGACAAGCGCAAUGCCUACCAACGCGAACGACGACGGAAGUUGAAGGAAGCGGCCAACAACACCAACUCCACCACCCCUAUCGUCGACAAGCACACAACGACCACAUCUUCGAACAUGCACAUGUCGUUCUUGCUGAAUCCAGUGUCGUCGGAGUAGUCGGGUACUAGUGUUAGGUAGUAGUAGUUAGUCGUGGUGUCAGUUUGCCACAUGUAAUUUUUUGUAAUCUCCAAGUGUAAUUUAGCUGACGACGUACAAG